AUGGCUGGGAAGAUGAGAUUGUUUAAACUGAUCGUGAUUGGGGAUGGUGGUGUAGGCAAAACCUGCUUGGUUAUACAAUUGGUGCAGAACCACUUUGUCGAGACCUAUGACCCGACUAUUGAGGACAGCUAUCGAAAACAGGUGUUGAUAGAUAAAGAAGCCUCUAUAAUUGAAGUCUUGGACACGGCUGGACAGGAAGAAUACACAGCUCUUCGGGAUCAAUGGAUCAGAGACUCUGAGGCUGCAGUCCUCGUGUACAGUGUGACCUCUAGGCAAUCGUUCGAACGAAUCAAUAAAUUCAACCAACAGCUCCUAAGGGUCAAGGAGUCGGCUUCCUCUCACUCGAUAUUUGGAUCCGCCACCACUCUGGACAUGGCAACACCAAAAGCCCCUCUACCAGUUAUGUUGGUUGCAAACAAAGCUGACAGGGAGGAUGAGAGAGAGGUUACGACUGCAGAAGGCUUUGCGCUCGCCCGAGAGCUGCAAUGUAUGUUUGUUGAGUCAUCCGCGAAAAGCUGCAUCAACGUGGAAAAGGCGUUUUAUGAUCUGGUACGAGAAUUGCGUCUCCAGCAGCGAUCUGCAGUCAUAGCAGACAAGAUAAAAGUUCCUGUGCCGCCUGAGAGGACAAAUCGGAAUGGCAGAACUCGUAAAGUCUACUUCGGCUCUUUUUCCUCCCUGCUUCGACUUCUACCGGGCUUCAAGGUCAAUCUUCGAGAAGAAUACAGGCACGAUGUUGCUCAUCAGCUUGCUAUUGACAAGGUACUUGUCCAAGCGGCACGGCUGAAUGAUAUUAAAGCCGUCAAAAAAUGUUUGACCAAUGGUGCAAAUCCGAACGCGCAAUCUGGAAGUGAAGGCAGUGCCUUACAGGCUGCUGCUGUUCUGGGUCACUCCAAGAUUGUCAGACUUUUGCUUGAAAAUGGUGCAGCUCCCAAUGCAAAGGGUCCCAGAGAGAUGACUGCUCUUCAAGCCGCGGCAGCUGAAGGCCAUCGCGACGUUGUGAGUAUUCUCCUCAAGGCCGGUGCAGAUGUGAAUACGACAAGCUCUCUACACGGAACGGCCCUUCUGGCUGCAGCAUCAAGAGGGCAGGUUGAGGUCGCACGUCUCUUGAUCAAAUAUCGAGCUGAUGUGAAUGCCAAAGGAGGCCAGUACGGUAAUGCACUGCAAGCUGCAGCCGUGGUGGGCAAACUGGAGAUGGUAAGCACAUUACUCGAUGCAGGGGCCAGUCACCAUGCUAGAGGUGAAGGAGAUUGUACGGCGCUUCAAGCAACGUGCAAUGCUGGACAUGCGAAUCUUGCUCGUCUGCUCCUCGAUAGAGGUUCUGAUAUCAACGCUCGACCAGGCAGAUUUGGGACCGCAUUACAAGCUGCAAAUGAUUCCUCGAGAUUUGAUGUCUUCAAUCUCUUACUUUCAUAUGGAGCUGACGUGGCGGUCCUAAGUCCACAACCCUCUGCAGAACAGGUCAAUCGGAACCAGGGGAGCAAUUCAACUAUCCAAGCCCCAGAUAUAGAAAAUGGCGAAGGAGCCGCUGAGCCUUCCACCAGACUUGCGAGCCCACAUAGUAGUGAGCCCACAUUUCCAGUAGUCGACUCAUGUUCCAUCCCGGUGGUCAGCUAUGGUUUGAUGAGAGACAACGCUGCUGGAGAUACAGAGCCUCAGUGUAGUAAUGCCGCAACACCUAGAAGCCCAUCUCAAAAUCAAAGCAAUUUGCCAAAUGCCGCCAACCCACUUCCACCGAGGACAAACUAUCACCUACCUACACAUACACGUUUUCUGUCUUAUUCUCAGGAUCCUACAACCCCACUAGUCGAUAAACCGGAACAUUCACUCAGCAGGACGGGUGAACAAACACCGGCGUGGAAGACCUCAGCACUUAGUAAUGGCCACCUUCGAAGCAGAUCUUUGAAUCUAUCUCACCAUAUGUAUACAGUUGCUAUUAUCUGCCCUAUGGCUGUCGAACUGGCUCCAGUUGAGGCUAUGCUGGAUGUUCUACACCCCAACCUUCCCACCAGCCGACUCGACCACAACGUUUAUAGCUUCGGCUCUUUGGGUGAACACAACGUUGUUAUUGCAGUCAUGCCUGGCAUCGGAACUAAUAGCUCAGCAGUCGUUGCGACGCAACUCCUACAUGAUUUUCCUUCAAUCCGAUUUACCUUGCUGGUCGGGAUUGGCGGCGGUAUUCCGGAUGAUGAAAACGACAUUCGACUAGGUGAUGUCGUUGUGAGUCGACCGACCAAUAUAUUUGGAGGUGUGGUUCAGUAUGACAUGGGCAAGUGUCACCCUAAUGGGUUGUUCCAACGCACUGGGGCGUUACGGAAACCGCCUCCAAUACUGAGCGCUACGGUCGAGAAGCUGAGGUCGCGACACUUGCGGGAUGGAACUCAAAUUACUGAGCAUCUGGUGGACAUGAUGACGAGGUUUCCAAAGCUUAUGAAUGUCUAUUCGAAGCCUGAUUCAGAGCACGACCGACUGUUUCAGGACUCUUGCAAUCAUUCGGCAGGGCAGAGCUGCCUCGAAUGUGGUCCAGAACACAUUGUAGCACGGGAACCACGCAACAACCCCGAUCCAAAGGUACACUACGGGACGAUAGGCUCAGCGAAUGCCUUGGUGCGAGAUAGCCUUACACGGAACCGAUUGAAACAAGACUCUGGUAUAAUCUGUGUGGAAAUGGAGGCGGCGGGUCUGAUGGAGACGUUUCCGUGCCUAGUGAUUCGAGGAAUCUGCGACUACGCGGAUUCACACAAGACCAAGAUCUGGCAACCAUAUGCUGCUGCUGCCGCCGCUGCCUAUAUGAAAGAAGUGCUGCUUAUGAUCCCUCCAAAGGAGAUUGUAAGGGAAUCCCGGGCAAUUGACGUCUGGAUCUGA